AGUAACGUUGUUUUAAUGUUUAAAAAUUUUUAAAUUUUUUUUUAAAAAUCAUAAUUUAGUAAUAUCUGAUCAUUUUCCACCCUGUUUCUGGCACACUGUCUGAAAUGCUCUGUUUUGGCAUAAGCGCCUCCUUAAAACUUCAACGUAAACUCCCACUGUAUGAUUGGCUAACAGCAUGCAGCCCCUCAAAUUAAGCCAUUUUUGAAACUCAAUCUGAAGCGAAUGAACAAGCUCCACAACAUUAUAAAACAAAAUUUUAGGGGUUACACAACGCACAUCCAACACAUUGCAUCUAAAUAUAUUAAACUGUUCAUCUCAAGCACAACUGUUAACACUCGCACCCUGUCUACACCGGAAUGCGAGAGUCACAUUGCGUCAAAAGCAAUAGAACCCAUUAUAAGCUUUGUCUACCAUGGAUACUUUGCUGCGCAUCGUGCCCACAGUAAAUGUGUCCCAUUCCAUUUUGCACUGCAUGUGGUGGUGCUGCUACUGCCAACAACAAAUAAAGGUUUAGAAUGUUUGUGUCAACGCGCCCAGUGUACAUAGCCUCAAGUGUAUACAGCCUCAAGCCGUCGUGACACUUCAACGGACGCGCCCGGUGUUAACAAGGUGUCGGCACCAUAAACUAUCAAACAGUCAUGACAUUUGAAAUAUUCAUUAAUGGAACUUUUUACUUACAGUUUUGGAUUGGGUCCAAGUGUUUUUAACUGUGCCAUCCUUCAAUAACGGAUGCUUUGCAAAGCUUGAAUCAUUUUAUGACUGUUCACAAGCAAUCAGCACUGAAAUACGCUGAAGACACAUCCACGUGACGCACAUACAAACUCCAAAGCACAGUGUAAACUACGCACACACAUCCAGUUUCCAGUAUCAUCCUGCACUGAAAUGCACAUCGCCGGAAAUGCAUCUAAACGGUCAAAGAUGUCCAUCCAGUGCAUGUUUACAAUUAAAAAUAGUGCAGAUGGGCGAAAGAACGAGUCCAUAAUUGGCCCCAUUCACUUCCAUUUUAAGUGCCUCAAUGUAACCUAGAAUUGUAUUUUAUUUUUUUUAAAGAAAAAGAUGGGUCUAAAUUUUUUAAUUAAUUAAUAUUAUGCCACAAAUGCUGUCAAUUGAGCUUAACUUGUAUUGAACCGGUAAUAUACCUUUUUAAAACCGUUUUCUCUGUAUCUUUGUUUUAUUUUAUUCUCAUGUCAACCUCUUCACUCUUGAAAUGUUCUGAAAUAUAUGUUUACAUCUGUGUCCUAGAGACAGAAAUGUAGAGAGCAUGGGUGACAUUUAUCCUGAAUGUAGGCUACAGGUAACAUGACUGUGCUGUUGGUCUUUCAAAAAAUGAGGCAUUAUUUUUUAACCUGAAAAAAAAAGAAAGCAUUCGAAGAUGCCUAGGCAUAUUUAAUUGAAUUGUGCAUGUACAAAAUUAUUUCAUAUGAUGAGAGAAUUUAUUAUUAUUUUUUUUUACAUCUUUCACACUGUUCUGGCAUCAGUUCAUCGAACUGCUCUUCAGACAUCAAGGCUUGCUUUUCUUUGAAGAUGCUUCAAAACCACUAUAUAAAAAAAUUAUAUCAAAUAUAGCAUCAACUUAGCAGAGCUAACCCUAACCCUAGAUUCGAAGGCCUUCCGGAGAAACUGAAAUAAACGCAGAGACUAUUCCUCUCAUUCUGUUGGUUAUAAUGGCAUUCACUGACCAUGUCGUAAUCUUCAUUAUUAUUGUGGUCUCCACUAGAGGUAACGUGUCCAGUUUAACGACUUGACCAUGUGUUUGCUGCUUAAUUGCCGAUUUGUAAUUUUAACAAUGUUUCUGUCGGCCUAAAUGGUAAUAGAGUUUUCUGUCUUUAUGUAAAAAAUAAAUUAAAAUUAAAAAAUUGUGUGUGUGUAUGUGUGUAUAUGUGUGUGUGUGUGUGUGAAUGCAAAUAUAAAUUUUACAUUUUCAUAAAUGUACAAAAUAUAUAUGUGUAUGCAAAUAUAAAUGUAACUUUUUCAUAAAUGUAUAAUUACAUGUUGUCCAAUGUACAUUCUAAACUCUUCAGUUGAAAAGAACUGAAAAAAGAUACUCUGAAUAUAAAGCAUGCAAUCUUACAUGUUGUUUUAUGGGUUGAGAUUAUUGAUUUUUCAAAAGAAAUACUAAAAACUUGUCUGUAGCUUUAAAUUCAACGCAAUAUAUCUUGUGUGGCAACAUUAUUUUUCCACUUCUGAAUGAUAUUUCUGUUGCAGAACAUUUUUCUCGUGUAUGAUUGAAUUUUGCAGUAUCUAGCAAAUACAGGUGCCUACGUAACAGAAGUAAAUUGUAAAUGGCCAAGAAGAUUUCAAACUGACUAAACUGUAUCUCUUAAAGGGAUAGUUAUAUUCUAUAUAAGUAAAUAUUCUGCCAUGUACUAACCCUUGAUGUUUCAAACCUGCAUGCAUUUCUUGUUUGGAGCACAAAAUGAGAAGUUAGGCAAAAAGACCGUCACCAUUCAUUCACUGUAUGGGAAAAAAAAGAUGCUAAAAUGAUGAGUUUCUCCUUGUGUUCCAGAGAAGAAAGUCAGGUUAUAGAUUUUGAACAGCAUGAGGGUGAGUAAAUGAUGACGACAUUUUAAUUUUGGGUGUGAACUAUCCCUUUAAGCAUGCUGUAACUGUACAUUUUGUCUCUUUCUCCUCAGUGUCCAGUGAUGAAUACUCCAGGUUUGUGCUGACGGGAGGUUCUGUUACACUGGAUAUACAGACUGAUAAACUGCAACAGUUUAAUGCAUUGGUCUGGAUGAAUGAUAAAUCCGAAAAUAUAAACAUGCAGAAGACUGACAGAGGAGUCUACAGAGUUCAAACAACUAGAGAAAAUGAGACGCAUGUUGCUGAAUAUGAAGUAUCUGUUAUAGAUGCAGUGGAGGCUCCUGUCCUGACUGUUGUCUCUAACUGCUCCAGCAAUUACUCCUGUACUAUGAACGUCACCUGUAGAGGUCAUGACCUCACCCUCAGCUCUACCUUUCAAAAUUACAGGUGCUCUCAUGUGGAAAUUGCAUCCUUCGGCAUUAUCACUCUCAUCCUGCAUUUCACUGAGGACUCCAUCAUCUGUAACCAUAGCAACCUCAUCAGCUGGAAGAGUGAAACAAAAGAUACUGAACAACUUUGUUCCCUACAUGAAAGUGCAGCAGUGUCUCCCCCUGCUGGUGUGUCUCUGUGUCUGCUGAAGACAGUGCUGUUCUCUGUAUCCCUGGUGAUCAUGAUGUCUGCAGUCAUCACUGUUCAUAUCAGAGAAAAACUUAGAAGAUCUUAAUCUCUCUUUCUCUCUCACACACACACACACACACACACUUGUUUUUGUUUUUUUAUAAUGGUGGAGAUUUCCAUUGACUUCUAUUGUGUUUUUAUACUGAACUAAUACUAUUUUAAUCUAACUAUACCCCUAAAACUACCCCAAAUGAAAAACUUUUUGAAAAUGUAUUAAGUCAUUAUUUAGGAUGUUUAUUAAGUUGUUUUUGUCAUAUGGCCCGUUGGCUGGUGACUAUAAUGUAGGUAGGCGAUUUGAUCUAAAUGAGGACAUACCAUACAUCAUUAUUGUUUUAUAUAAUGCUAAACCAAACAGUUAUUUAAAAGACCUGCAUGUCAAAAUGAUAUGCAUGAAAAUGAUACUGGGUUAUUUCAGGGAAGCUGACUCACUUUCAUGUGAUGUGUUCUGCUUUCAUGUGAAUUUGCAUUGAGUAAUGCUGUGACCAAAAGAAAAAAAAAAAAGCUCAACAUUUGUCAAUAGUUUCUUUGGUAAUAAUCACAAUGUCCGCUAAGCACAGAAGUAUACUUUUUAAUACUACUAUGAGACUUUUAAAUACUGUUUUAGUCGCUUGCUUGUCUGGCAAAAUAAAUACAUAUUUACUCUUUAAAGACCGUUAAUUUUUGCUAACGGCCCCUUCACUGAGCUCAGAUUCUGCACUUUUUGUGAUUCUUCAUAGGUUGAAGUUAUGCUUGUAUGUCUGUUAAAGAGAUGGUUCACACAAAAAUGAGAAUUCUCUCAUCAUUUAUUCACUUUCAUGCCAUCCCAGAUGUGUAUGACUUUCUUUCUU